GGGGACUGCAUGACGAAGAGGGGGAAUAUGCAGACGUGCAUGCCAUGGGCACACACAUCCUUCACCUACACCAACACGGCUGAUUAUUGAUUCGGCUCCAAUGCCACCAUUUAUUCAGUCAAGUACAGCAAAGUAUAUCGUAAUCCCAACCCCUUCGCUGCUCACUCAUCAUCAUCUGCCAAAAAAAGAAAGAAAAGAAAACAAACAAAAAAAGAAUCACAACCCUCAGAUCCUUUGUACGCCGGAAAAUGCCGAAUCAGUCGGGUCUUCGGUUGAUAUCGCAGAUUUUGAUGGUGGAGAAGGAUGGGAAGCAAAUUCAGUGGGGAAAAAAAUAAAAAAAAAAAAAACACCGGAAGACAAGAAAGGAAAUUAUCAUGAUAUAGAGAGGCGGGGGUGAGAAGAGAGAGGGAAAAAAAAAGAAAAGAAAAAGAAAUUCAACUGAUAUACAUGGAUGGUAUUCCCUGUUCUCUCUCACCGCACGGACACUCCAGACCGGUUGGUAAACAUGCGAGCGGCAAUGUUCAUCGAGGCCAGCUCUUGGAACAGAAGCUU